GCACAGCGCGCGUCUGCUCUCCCCCAGCCCGGUUGGGAGCCAGGAGAUCCCCGAGCCCGGCUGGGAGCCAUGGCCGUGGUGGUGGCCAAGCGCGAGGGGCCGCAGUUCAUCAGCGAGGCGGCCGUACGCGGGAACGCGGCCAUCCUGGACUACUGCCGGACGUCGGUAUCGGCCCUGUCGGGAGCCACGGCGGGGAUCCUCGGGCUGACGGGCCUGCACGGCUUCAUCUUCUACUUUCUGGCAUCCGUCCUCCUCUCCGUGCUCCUGGUGCUGAAAGCCGGGCGGCGAUGGAAUAAGUACUUUAAAUCCCGAAGGCCGCUUUUCACGGGGGGGCUCAUAGGAGGGCUCUUCACCUACGUCCUGUUCUGGACUUUCCUGUACGGCAUGGUUCACGUCUACUGAAACAACGGAAACCACGUGGUAGCCACGGUGGUUUUUAAUGAAGCAGGAGGACUGUUGCCAAACAUCACCCACACAACUAGGCCAGCUUACCUUUUAAACUUGUUCAUUGAUUGUAUCCUUCAUACUGUCAGUAAAUUAUGUCCGAGUACAAAUGAAUCGGUAGUAUUGUUCUAAUUAAACUGAAUGUGAAACCACUCAGAUGCCUCCCAUGAACGUUUGUUUGGUGGCAGAGGAAUGACUUAUUGUCCUUAGCUGCAGUCACAGCUGCAGGUUUUGACUACCUUAGUUACUUGCAUCCUGUGCACUGUGGGUAAGAAAUACCAAUUACUGCCUGUUGCUGCCUGCCCUACAUGCAAACAGAGCACUAUAAAAAUAAGCCACUGACACGAGGAAGUAUUUCACAGUAGCAUGUAAUUAAACGUACGCAAAGGUUUGGUACAGAAAUGUAUUUGAAAUGCUAGUGCAAAUGUUAACUUCCACAGUUGCUGUAUGUUCACGCUAUAAAUAAAUGACAUUGUCACAGAUA